CUCUUCUUCAAGAGAUACAGAGAGAGAGAGAGAGAGAGAGAGAGAGAGGGAACGGCAGCGGCACGGCGCUGGUGGACUUGGGACGCCAGUAAGCGGACAGGGGAGGGUGUUGGUCCUGCUGGUUGAAUGCAGAGCGGUGUGCCUGGUGUCACUUUAGAGUGGGGCAGGCACACGGCAUCGGCACUAUGGAGAGCAAUCGUGGUGAAGCCGACAAGUGUGUGGCUCGCGCCCGUCAGUAUCUCAAGUCGGGCGAGCUCGAGCGUGCGCUCAAAUUUGCCAAAAAGUCGGAGCACCUGUUUCCUUCAACAACCGCCAAAGGUCUUAUUAAUUUGAUCGAGAAAAAAAUGACCGACCCCACGCCCAGCCCCGAGCCGCAGCCUGCAUCUGCCUCAACGGCAAGCCCUGCUGCUUCAAGUAACAUGCGCAACCGCCAAGCAUCCAAAAAGCCUGCUACUACCGCCGCUGCCACUGCUGCUGCGCCUAAAAACUGGACACCAGCGCAGCGCGAUGCAGCAGCCAAGAUUCUGCGCGCCAAGACACACUACGAGGUCCUCAGCGUGCAGCGCACGGCUGAAGCCACCGUAAUCAAACGCGCCUACCGCAAGCUUGCUCUGCAACUUCACCCGGACAAGAACCAGGCCCCUGGUGCCGAUGAGGCUUUUAAGGCCGUAAGCAAGGCCUACGAUGUGCUAUCAGACCCACAAAAGCGCCGACACUAUGAACUUACGGGUGAAGACGCGCCGGCCGCCAGUCCUUCGCGCCCGGGCCAAGGCCCCUUCCGGCCCAUGACGCCUGAAGAGCUUUUUGCGCAAAUGUUUGGCUCAGAGUUUGGCAUGCACUUUGGACCCGGCGGCCCCUACCCGCGCCGACGAUACCAACGCGCGCGUGCACGCCAUGCAACGGAUGAGGACCAGGCGCCAGCUGCCGAUGGACGGGCCCAAAUGCUACUCAUGAUGCUAGUUGUCUUUAUCACCAUGGUGCUUCCCACCUUUUUUACCCCACAAGAGCCAGUCUUCUCUCUACGCCAAUCCUCACCCUACAUCGUCCCGCGUGAGCUGGGUGUUGAUCCCGACGUGAAAUACUUUGUAACUCAGCAAUUUGUACAGGAGAACGAUCCAGAUACACCUCAUGGUCGUCGGCGGAUACGGCAACUCGAGGUCACGGUCCUACAAACAUUACUUCGAACCUUGGAUAACGAAUGUGCUGUCCAGAAACGAGACAAAAUGGAAUCUUUGCGGCGAGCUCAAUGGCAAGGGAAGAGCAGUGACGAUAUCGAUGUCAUCAAAGAUCGCAAGCUGCCAAGCUGUGAGCGCCUCCAGAGUCUUCACAGUCAUCGCCGAGGCUAA